AUGUUGUCUCCUGCUGUCUGUCGCACAGCCACGGCAGGCCUCGCGCGCCUGCCAGCGUCACGACUGGCGCCCGUGACGCCACGCUUCUUCGCAACGCAGACGGGCACAAUCGACCUCGCGUACGACCUGCACGAGCCUCCAAAGUCGGACCGGUCUCGCCAAGAUGCACCCAUUAUCUUCAUGCACGGCCUCUUUGGCUCCAAGAAGAACAACCGCAGUGUCUCAAAAGUACUAGCGAGGGACCUCAAGCGUCAUGUUUUUGCCGUGGACCUACGAAACCACGGGGAAUCGCCACAUGCCCCCAUCCACAACUACACAGCCAUGGCAGAGGACGUCGCUGCUUUCAUUAACCAGAAUGGAAUCGAGAACCCAACCCUGAUCGGCCACUCUAUGGGUGCUAAGACUGCCAUGGCUCUCGCUCUCGACCAGCCAGAUCUCAUCAGCGACUUUGUGUCGGUGGAUAACGCCCCGCUCGACGCCGCUUUGAACGGUAGCUUCGCGAAGUACAUUCAGGGCAUGAGGAAGAUCGAAGACGCGGGUGUGACUCGCCAGUCGGACGCCGACAAAAUCCUCGCCGAGUACGAAUCGGACCUCACGAUACGGCAAUUCCUCCUUGGCAACCUGGCCCGCAACGAGGAUGGCGUCCAGAAAUUUCGGGUGCCUCUGGCCACGUUGGCCAAGUCGCUGGACAACCUGGGUGAUUUUCCCUUCAAGGAUCCGAACCAGGCCCGAUUCGUGAAGCCCGCCCUCUUCGUUCGCGGCACCAAAAGUAGAUACGUGCCUGACGAGGCUAUUCCCAUCAUCGGGCAGUUCUUUCCACGCUUCCAGAUGGUUGACGUUGAUGCCGGCCACUGGGUUACGUCCGAAAAGCCCCAGGAAUUUCUCAAAGCUGUCAUCGAGUUCCUCAAGCCUCAAGAAUAG